AUGGCGCUCAGUCUAGACGGGCUUAUUAACGGACCCCAGCUUGAGGGCGCGAGGGUUCGGGACGCUGCAGUUGGGGGAGGGGUGUCGUCUUCGUCUUCGGAGAUGCACGAUGUUGAAGCUGGAGCGGGACCACCCAUUGUGGUCAUCGGGAUGGCGUGGACAUGUGUAGCUCGUCGUCGCGAUGAUGAACCAAGGCAGUUGUUGAAGAUU